GUUUCACAAUGGAAGCGAUAGCGAAACACGAAUUCAACGCAACGGCUGACGAUGAACUCAGUUUUAAGAGGUCCCAGGUCCUAAAGAUCCUGAACAUGGAAGACGACAUGAACUGGUACAGGGCCGAACUCGACGGCAGAGAGGGCCUAAUCCCGAGCAAUUACAUUGAAAUGAAGAACCACAGCUGGUACUAUGGCCGCAUUACGAGAGCCGACGCCGAAAAACUAUUAUUAAACAAACAUGAAGGGGCCUUUUUGAUACGUAUUAGCGAGUCCAGUCCUGGAGACUUCUCCUUGUCCGUAAAGUGUUCGGACGGCGUCCAACAUUUCAAGGUGCUAAGGGACGCCCAGGGUAAGUUCUUCCUCUGGGUGGUCAAAUUCAACAGUCUCAACGAGUUAGUUGAAUAUCACCGAACGUCCUCAGUCUCGCGUUCACAAGACGUGAAGCUCAGAGACAUGAUAGCUGAAGAGUGCCUAGUGCAAGCCUUAUACGAUUUCACCCCCCAAGAAGCAGGCGAGCUGGAGUUCAGACGAGGCGACGUCAUAACAGUGACGGAUCGCUCGGAUCAGCACUGGUGGCACGGGGAGAUCGGACAUCGUCGGGGGCUGUUCCCGGCGACUUACGUAACGCCUUAUCACACAUAAUGUAGAAGAUAGGGUUGAUUUGAAGGCAUUAUUCACUGUUACAACCUGCAAACUGUAGGCUUUUCGGUUUCAGAUAUUACCUUUUUUAAAGUUAUAUGUGAUUUUAAUUUCUCUUUUAAUUGCUCAUUAAUUUGGAAAAGAAUCUUUUUAACGUAGAUUUAAGAUCAGGUAUUUUUAUAUUGGAUCGAAUUGUACUGAAAAAGCGUAAAUUUAUUAAUCUUCAGUUUGAUAGGUUAUGGAUAUAUAGCGCUUAAUUUCUAGGUAGUGUAAUGACAGUUUGCUUGAUCUUUGCAUUGUUUUUCCAAUAAGCAACGAAAGUUCGUAGGAGUGAAAGUUUCCUUUUGCGUCCAGAGUUAUACAUACGACUUUUUCCUAUAGCACUACAAUAUCGUAUUUUUUAGUAAAACAGAUGCCAUUUUUAUUAUUUUAUUUCGUUAAUUUUAAUGAAGUUUUGAAGUCCUUUCAAAUUUUUAUUUGUAUAUAAUGACACGAGAUUAUGCCAGAUUUUUUUUUUCUAAUCUGAGUUCUGCGAAUUAUUUGGCAUUUUCUUGCUUUGACAGUAGACUUUGUAUGUAAAUACUAACAUAGUUUUAUUAUUACAACAUUGCAUUAUUAUAAGUGAAUACGAGGAAAUAUAUGUUAUAUAAAGA